GGCCCGGGCGGUACCACUCUGCGGGAGGGGGGGGCGAGCCAGGCCGGGCGGAACCAUGCGGAGGCGCUGGUAGGGGGGCGCGGGGAGGGGGGUCGGUCGGGUCCGCCAUGGCCGCGAACUGCGCGGGGGCCGCGGGCACGGCGGCGGGAGCCGUGGCCGCCGUGGGCUCGGCCCUGAGCGCCAGCAAGACCAAGACCAAGAAGAAACACUUCGUGUGCCAGAAGGUGAAGCUCUUCCGGGCCUCGGAGCCGCUGCUCAGCGUCCUUAUGUGGGGGGCGAACCACACGAUCAAUGAGCUCAGCAAUGUUCCCGUCCCUGUCAUGUUAAUGCCCGAUGACUUUAAAGCCUACAGUAAGAUUAAGGUGGACAAUCAUCUAUUCAACAAGGAGAACCUGCCAAGCCGCUUCAAAUUCAAGGAGUAUUGUCCCCUGGUGUUCCGGAACCUCCGGGAGAGAUUUGGGAUCGAUGACCAGGACUACCAGAACUCGGUGACACGCAGCGCCCCGGUGAACAGCGACAGCCAGGGCCGCUGCGGCGCGCGCUUCCUCACCACCUACGACAGGAGGUUCGUCAUCAAGGCGGUGUCCAGCGAGGACGUGGCAGAGAUGCACAACAUCCUCAAGAAGUACCACCAGUUCAUCGUGGAGUGCCACGGGAACACGCUGCUGCCCCAGUUCCUGGGCAUGUACCGGCUCACCGUGGACGGGGUGGAGACCUACAUGGUGGUCACCAGGAACGUCUUCAGCCACAGGCUGACCGUGCACAGGAAGUACGACCUGAAGGGCUCAACAGUAUCCAGGGAAGCAAGUGAUAAAGAGAAGGCCAAGGAUCUCCCAACGUUCAAGGACAACGACUUCUUGAAUGAGGGUCAGAAGCUGCAUGUUGGAGAAGAGAGUAAAAAGCACUUCCUUGAGAAGCUGAAGAGGGAUGUGGAGUUUUUAGCCCAGCUGAAGAUCAUGGAUUACAGCCUGCUGGUGGGCAUCCACGACGUGGACCGGGCCGAGCAGGAGGAGAUGGAGGUGGAGGAGCGGGCAGAGGACGAGGAGUGCGAGAAUGACGGGCUGGGGGGGAACCCCAUCUCCUCGUACGGGACCCCCCCCGACAGCCCCGGCAACCUCCUCAACUACCCCCGCUUCUUCGGGCCCGGGGAGUUCGACCCCUCCGUGGAUGUGUACGCCAUGAAGAGCCACGAGAGUGCCCCCAGGAAGGAGGUUUAUUUCAUGGCCAUCAUCGACAUCCUCACGCCCUACGACACCAAGAAGAAAGCUGCACACGCUGCCAAGACAGUGAAACACGGGGCCGGGGCCGAGAUCUCCACGGUGAACCCCGAGCAGUACUCGAAGCGCUUCAACGAGUUCAUCUCCAGCAUCCUGGCAUAGGGGCCCUCCUGCUGCGGGGCUGCGGGCGGCCUGGGGGCUGCUCCCGCGGCCGGGGACAGCGCAGACGCUGCAGCAGCACCGGGGCACGCCCGUGUGACAAAACCCAUCCUCAUCCUCGCUGCGCCCGCUGCGCCUCUGGAUUUGGCCUUCCCGAAGUGCCCAGAUCUCAGAUUUGAGGGCUUUUCCAAACUAGCCAAGUGCAUUGUUCCGGCACUGCUCUUUCUGCCCAGUGACGUUUUCUCCUCUCUGCUGAGGGGCUGGGACAGUGUGGCACUGUCCCCAAGGUGUGGCACUGUCCCCAAGGGGUCACGUUCAGCAGUGCCUGACUCACAAACCACUCCUUGUUUUUUGUGUUGUUGUUGUUGUUGUUUUAUUGGACUGGCUUGGCCAGAAAAAGGAAAAAAAAAAUACCCUUUUAUUUCCCUCUCGGUAGGAAUUGGAAGGAAAAUAGCUCACCAUUUCAAGGAUGGAAAAUAUAACUGAUAAAAAGCAGGAGUCACUGAACUUAAGGUAAAUUCAGACUGGGACACUUUAUAUUUUUUUGGUUAAUUUAAGUAACGAAAAAAAAGGAAGAAAAACAAACAAACCACUUUUUUGUAACUGCACUUGAUUUACAAGAAGGAUGAGGGAAAUGAACAUCUACCAAAGAUGAUGUGUGAAAAAAUAAAAAGCUAUCACUCCUAAAAGCUAAAAACAAGCAGAGAACUGAGAGAGGCAUUGACCAACCUCAGCUCAUUACGUGCUCGGACCUGGGGUGAUUUUAAUUGGCCAGCUCUGAAGAUUUCCGUAAAAGAAAAGGAAAAACAACAUUUUAAAAAAGGCAUUUUUGUACCUGUAGAUCCAGGCUAAGAUUUUGGGCCACUUCCUCAGCCAGGAAUGGCUCCGAGGUCACCAUCGCCAUCCUGCCAGUGUUAAUUAGCUAAUUAAUUAUUCAGUCUUCCUUCCCCACCUCACCUGCAACAGGUACUUGAAUCUGUGUCCUGACAGAGGUUGCUGGGUUGGUUUUCUUGUGUUUUAUUUUUUUAAAAUGUGACUUGCACAGAAGGAAUUGGCCUGGCUGCCAGGGGGGAGUGCUGGGAGCUGGGCUCAUCCUGCUCCAAACCCCCUGAGCGACCCUCCAGGAGUGGAAAUGGUUGAACUCUCACACCAGAUUUCUUUUCCAGCCCCCGCUGAAGGAUUUUGGGACUGAUUGGAGUGACUGACAUCAUCCUGUUUUGUCUCCUUUAACCCUUUCACAGCCAAGCUCGGCAGCCUGGCUGUGGGUUUCAUUGCUCUGCUGCACAACAGAACUUUUGGUUCUUUAUUUUGGGAUUUGUUGUUUGGUUUUUUGGUUUUUGGUUUUUUUUUAUUUUAAUUUCCUUUCUCUUUUUGAGCAGGAUUUAGAGUUUUGAACAAACCUCUUUGCAGUUGAAACAUGUUGCUUAAUCUGCCUUGGAACUGUUUUUCACACAUGCCUUUGUUCGGGGAAUAAGCUGUUGGGAGUGUCUGUCCUGUGCUGUAACAGUUCUUGCUGUGUGGAAUUUUGGUCCUUUUUGAGACAUAACUGGUGCUCAUCACGUCCUGGUAAUUCCCCUAAAGUAACCCUGCCUCUGGGCUGGAUUCUGAAUGUGGGGUUUGGGGUUUUUUUGGUUUUAUUUCCUCUUCAUCCCCUCCCAUUUCCCCUUCCUGACGUGAAUCUCCCCACAGGUCUCACCUUGGCAGGGGCUGAAAUUGAAGCCCCUGAGGGUGCACUGUAAAUAGAAUUUUGGAGAAAUGAAAAAUUAGGGGUCCUGAUGGGAUUUGAGGAUUUUUGGUCGUUCCCUUUGGCGUGGCACAAAUUCCUGCUGCCCCUUUGGUGUGGGAGGCUGGAGGGGUCUGAAGGCGUGGAGCUGGAAAAGCCACGACCCAAAUGCAGCUAAAAAUACUUUAAAAAAGAAAAAAAGGGAGGACUUAGAGGGCAUCAUCAGCUUCGUUUUGUGGGCAUUAUAUUGGUUGCUUCUCUCUUAAUAAGCACUUAAGUUUACUGCUAAUUAGGAAUUAAACACCAAUCACUUUUUAUUCCUGACAGUUUAAAAAAAAAAAAAUCUGCAUUGAAUCUGCAACUUUGACCUGGUAAGUUUGCCCUUCUCCUUUUGGGAGUUGUUUUAUCUUGAAAUCAUCUGUUAAAAAAAAAACAUAAAUAGAUAAAGAGGAGAAAAAAGGGGGAGGAAGAGAGCAGGAGGUGGAUGAACACCACAGAGCAAACCCAGAGAAAGGGGAGUGAAAAUGGCAAAAAAAUUCCUUCAUUGAAUUCCAGAAUAAUGAAUAAGGAAUCAAAUCAAAAAACAGGGAAUUCCUGCAGAAAUCCUUACAGAGCUCUGACAAAAAUUGAGAGCAGGGAAUAUUUUCUUAUUCCAGACUCCUGCUGGGAUUAAAUUUGGCUGUUCCCGUGAAUCUGGGGGGUCCCACAAAGAUUCUGCCCCUUCUGUCCAGUUGCCAUAUUGUGUAUUAAAGUGAUUAAAUGCAAUUUUCUCACCUAAUGAUGUAUUAACCAGGUAUGUAACUUUGUUUAACAGAAGCAUUUUUGUAUAUUGUUUACAUUUGGAGAAGUAGCAUUACCUUUAAAAUGCUAAUUUUUGUUUCUAGACAGUAUUUUUUAUUACCAGAACAAGAAGUGAAGCUGCAAAUAUUUUGAUUUGUUUUUAAAAGGGACUUUUUCUUUGUUUGUUUUCUUUUCUUUUUGUUUUGCUUUGUUCUGUUUUGUUUGGUUGGCUUUUUUUUCCCUUUUAAAUCUUGUUUUAGGUCACUUUUUUAACUCAAGUAUUAAAAAAAAAAAGAAAAAAAAAGGAAAACCCAGCCCUUUCAAUUCUGGUUUUACAGCUGCUUGUGCUAUUUUGUCGUCUGGUUUUGGUGUGGAUUUAGUUCUAGUUUUUGCUGAAUGUAGAUAUUCCUGUCCUUAGCAUGAACCCUGCAGAACACAUUUAACUGACAGGAUUUGCAGCAGAAUUCAGGAAUUUUUUUUGGCCAAAAAAACCCAAAAUUUGGUCCAGUGGAGCUCCAGAUCAUCAGUGAGCAGCAUCUCCCCCUCUGCAGUGCCUGAGGCAGGAGGAGCUGCAGGAUCCACAUUCCUGAGGGAGUUAAAAACCCCAAAAUCUGCUUUGAGCUGGGAAUUCCUACCUUCCCUGCUGGGAGAGGGGAGGCAGAGCCAGCUCUGCUGCAGAAGUGCAGUAAAUGCACUGCAGGGCUGGCUCUGCUGCAGAAGUGCAGUAAAUGCACUGCAGGGCUGGCUCUGCUGCAGAUGUGCAGUAAAUGCACUGCAGGGCCGGCUCUGCUGCAGAAGUGCAGUAAAUGCACUGCAGGGCUGUCUCUGCUGCAGAUGUGCAGUAAAUGCACUGCAGGGCCAGCUCUGCUGCAGACGUGCAGUAAAUGCACUGCAGGGCCAGCUCUGCUCUGGAAGUGGAGUAAAUGCACUGCAGGGCCAGCUCUGCUGCAGACGUGCAGUAAAUGCACUGUAGAGCUACUGGGGUGGGAACUUCAGGGCUCCCCAGGGCUGGGAUUUGGGGACAGCCCCAGGAGCUGGGGGAGCCUUCCCUCGGUCCCUCCUCAGCCCUGCCUGGCCUGGGCUCCAUCCUGAGCCACAAUCAUGGAAUUGAUUGGGAAUUCACGCCAUGGAAUUGAUUGGGGAUUCACCCCGUGGGGACAAAAUUCAUCCUGUAGGGACAAAAUUUACCCCACUGGUCACAGAAUUCAUCCCAUGGGGACAGAAUUCACCAUGUGGGGUUGGAAUUCCUUCAAUCCCAUGGGGAUGGAAUUCACCCCACUGGGGGCAGAAUUCACCCCUUGGGGCAGCAGGGGGAGGCCACAUUCUCACAGUCCCAGCUUGGAACCUGGAUCAGCACAAUCAGCAAGGAAAUCUGAACUACUUUGAGUCUUAUUUCCUUUUUUUGGUUUGUUUUGUUUGUUUGAUUGAUUGUUUUGGUUUUUUGGGUUUUUGUUUUUUUGUUGUUGUUGUUGUUGUUUUUUGGGAGGCAAUCCCUGCUUUCCCAGCCGGGGCAGGCUCAGGGUGGUGAGGAGGUUGUGGUGGUGGAUAUUCCCAAUCCAUGACUACUAUGCAGUCCUUUUCCAGGCCUCCCUUCAAGCUGCACCUGGAAUUUCACCCCCAGCUGAAGGAUUUUCCCCCAAAACCAGGGGCGUGUCCCCAGCAUGGCCACAGCCCCGAAUUCCCAAAUGUCCCCUUCCUGCAGAGCCCCUCCCAGUGUCCCCCUCUGCCCCUGCCCCCUGUCCUGGCUCUGUGGGAUGGAUCCCAUGGAUAACUGGGAUGGCAGAGCUCUGGACGCAUUUUUAGUGGAAACCACUCCAAAUUUCUGCUGCCCAAGCAGCUGGAUGGGAGUGGAGAGAGCAGAUUCCACACACAGGUCACGAGGGUGGGCAGGGCUAAUCAGUGCAACUGAAUUGAAAAGAAAAAAAAUGUGAAUAAAUUAAGUUUAAUCUAAAAACUAAACAAAAUAAAAACCUAAAAAAACUUUAAAAAAUUAAAAAGUAAAAAAAAAAAAAAAAGAACAUUCUAGGUUUUUUCACUGCUGUUUUUUAAAUAGGAAUUUGAAGUCCUCUGUGCUUGUCUGUUUGCUAGGAGCAGUUUGAGACACUGUUACUGUUUUGAAAUGCAUGCAUGUUACAAGAUGAGUCUCCAACCAGAGAAAAAAAAAAGAAAUAAAAUUAAACCUUUGUGUACA